UCUAAUUUUUGCUACAACUCGCAGUUUGUGUUUUUCCACGAAACUUUUCCACGAUUUCCUCGAUUUCCGCGCCCCCAGGAGCCGCAAAAACUAAGCUAAGGGAAACCCCCGAGCAGCCGCCGUUAACCCUCAGCCUUAACCCUUAAAAAUGCCGGUGAAGAACGGCGACUCCGAUGGCGAGGGCGACGUUUCUGGCGGGGAAUCGGAGCACUCGAACUCCAGCCAGGCGCACGACACCUCCGACGAGGAGGAGGCCAACGAGUGCGACUCGGACGACUCCUCGGAGCUGGACGCCAGCGAAAUCGAGCGCCGGCGGGCGGAGCAUAUGGAGGAUUUGCUGAGCCUGGAGCGGCAGUUUAACACGCUGCGGGAACAGUACUACUUCGAGCGCAUCAAUCUCAUCGAGCGGCAGCUGGCGGAGGUGCGUUCCGGGCGCUCCGAGGAGUUCGUGCAGCCGCAGAAGGAGCUGGACAAGGUCUACCGCACGCGCAUCGAGGUGGCCGACGUGCUGCGCAAGUACCGCCUGCAGAACAUCGAGCACAAGUUCCAGUCCGAGGAGCAGGCCGCCGUCCAGCACUUUGAGAGCGAGAAGCACAUGGCGGUGGACAAUCUGCGCGAGGAGUUCGUGGACCGCAUCCGGCGGCUGGAGGAGGACCGCCACAACGUGGACAUCUCGUGGGCCGACUGGGGCACCGACAAGCGGCAGAGCAAGGUGCGUGGGCCGGGCCGCAAGAAGGCGGUGACCGUCACGGGCCCCUAUGUGGUCUACAUGCUGCGCGAGGAGGACAUCAUGGAGGACUGGACGAUCAUCCGCAAGGCGCUCAAGCGAUCUGCUUCGUCGACGGGCGGCGGAGGAGGAGGAGGCGGCGGGGGAACAGGAACGCCCACUUCCGGCGUCAGUCUAACCGGAAUGCCCGCAAUGGCCGGGGCCAGCGGAUAGCGGUGGGGCGUGGCAGCUGCGUCCUACGCCCACGCCCACCUGACGCCGCGUACCUGACGAAGGAGGCAGCCGCAGCAGCAGCCGCAAAUGUAGAUUAGCAGCAGCAGAGCUCCACGGAGCCCGAACCAGACUUAUUAUUACGCUAAGUGCUAAGUCCGCCCCU